UUCUGCCCGGGUUCAUCUGAGUCUGUAGGUUGACAGGGCUGUGACAUAUGACAUACCUGAGACAGGACAGGUAGGUCAACAUAGUUUCACUCGGGUGAAAGCUGAAGGAGGCGCGAGCUAGACGCAAACUCACCUGCUGCGCGUGCUCGUCUUCUUAUAACAAGUUUGGCGAGAGGUUCACUUCUUCCACAAGUUUCCAGAAAGACUCUGUGGAAACCUCACAGCAUACAUGGAUGGUGAUUCGCUGUUUGGUGUCUCAGGUCUGAUUAUGGAGAGUCCAGUGAAUGGAGAUCAUCGAGAUGCUAGUAACACAAUCAGAGAAAACCAUGUGUGGCCGGACGUAAAGAGUUUAACCAGAAGCAACGGCAUUCAUCAGAUGCCUGAGUUUCUAGACGACCCCUUCCCAGCUCCAGACUGGGUGUUGUUUCCUCCAGCUGAUUUUUAUAGUGACAGCACACCCAAUGGGUUCCAGACCACAUCUACAUCAGACAUUUGGGGCGAAGACACAGACAUUUUCCAGCCUUUUAAAGAGAAAGCAGACCCUGAUGUGACGCACAGCAGCUCAGCCAAUCAGAACACAGAAUCCUGCUCUUCGUCCAAUCAGAGGGAUCCUCUCCUGGAAUUCAUCCUAUCCAGACAGAAGAAAUCCCAAGCCACGCCCUCCCCAGCUUCACCAUCCGGUCCCGUCAACGCUUUCCAAGAAACAUCCUCUGAAACGAACGGUUUCUUCCAGACUCCUUGGCUCUCCACCUCUCCGUUCGUUUCUAACAGAAGCCCAGCGUCUGAAGAUGUUUUCAGGACGUCCACCGCAGGAACCAAAGUCUCCGACGUCGAGACGUAUGAUCCUCUGUUUGACCCUCAGAAUCAAGCUCCGUCCGAACACAAGAGCCAGUAUCAUCAGCUGUUCACCCGUCAAGAUGCAAAACAAGACAGUGGCAUGUCCCAUGAUGCUUUGCUCAGUGGAGGCGUUCAAGAGACAACACCGUUCACAAACGUCUCAAACGGAGACCUGAUGUUCAGGAGGCUCCCGCCCAAAGCUGCCCCUCGCAGUAAAGCCCCGAAGAUCCCCCCCCAGCCUCCUGCUCUCUCUCAGAUGACGUCGGCUGAGACCGAGAGAGAUCUGCAGGUGUUUGAGGACGUUCUUCUCAUCGGUCAGGAAAGGUGUGUGGAGGACUGGCCUGAACACUCUUCAGAGGAGAAACCUACGGGGAAGAUCAGGCUUCGGAGAGACUCUGUGAAGAUUCCAGACGCGUCUGAUGGAGCAGCUGAUGGGACGGUGAAGAGGAACGGGAAGCAGACUCUGGGAAGGAAACUGAGACACUCGCUGCUGAUCAGGAGGAGCUCGAAGGAUAUAACUGGAGAUGAACUGAAGAUCUCCGAGACGAACACAAUCUCACUGAAUCGAGGCUCAAAGCUCAUUGAUGGCACAGACGAGUUCUUCACUCCAGAAAAAGAAGAACAGAACGGAGCUGCCGAGCACAAACCUAAGAAGUCAAGACCCAAGAUUAUCACACACCGCAGAGGAUCGAAGGUGAAAUCUGCUGAAGCUUCAGCUAAACUCUCUCCAGACUAUAAGGAUGAUUUACCGUCCUCGUCCAAACAUGAGGAUCUGGUGGCGUGGGGAGAGAAGAAAGCAGAAGAUGUGGACUGCACACCGAAGCUGCAGAAGUUCAAGCCUCCUGUGCCACGACGACCGUCAAAGUCCUUCUCCAAAGAUCCCUUUGUGGAAGGUGAUGUGGAUGUCGGCGCUUCAGUCCAAGACAGUCACCAGAUGCCAGAGGUGGACACACAUCUGGAGGAUGAAGAGAGAAACACAGAGACUGACGCACAGAAACAGAGAAAGAAAGUGCGAGUUAAGUUUGUUCCUCACAGAGGCUUUGUCAUCGGUUUAUCUAAGGUUGACAAGGCUAAUCAUGAAAGAAAGGAGGAAACACAACAUCUCAAGGACAGUGAUGACUCUGAGCUGAAGGGAGCUCAUGGAUUCACUCCUCCUCAACAUCUGAAGGAUGAUGACGGGUUUGAUGAUCUGAAGGGAGCGUUUGGUCACACAGCUCACGGGUUGAAGGAAGACACAGUACUGAAAACUGAAGCUGGACGGAGUUAUUCACCCAACAACGCUCAGAGUUCAUAUUCUAACGGCUUUAUGAGUCCUGCAUCAUGGGAUUCAAAGCCGUCUGAUCUGGAGACAGAUGUCCAUAAAUCCUCAGAUGUCUUCAGUCGGUCAGACAGCUUUGAGAAACAUCAGGAGAUGACAGAGUGUCGACCGAAGAAAUCGCUGAAGUUUAAAGUCCCUCGCAUUCCUCGCAGACAAUUAAAGAGUGCUGAAACCCCUGAGAUCAAGCAGAGCAAAGAUCGUGACGCUUCAGAGAUGAAGAAGCCUCCUCUUCUGAAAGUGCCUCCUCUUCUGUCCCAUCGAGACUCGAAGAGCUUUGAGGACCACGAGUUCCCUGCGAAGGGAGCAGAUCUGUUCAAGGCGGAGGACGAAGGCUGGGAGGAAUACGAACCGGAUAACAAACCCCAGAAACCUCGAGAGACUGACACACAUCGCAGAGAGCCACAGACUAAAGACAUGAAGGUGUUUCCUGAAGAGUUUCUGGAUCCUCCAGGAGCCACGUCUGGAGACUUUCACCUGUCUGAAGCUGCCAAGGCUGAGUGGAUAUCAGCUCAGAUGGACAUGAGACGACUGAGAGCUCAGGAGGAAGAGCAGCCGCAGGAGGAAGAGGAGGAUGAAGGGGACACUGACAGUCUGAUGGAGUGGUGGAACACAGUGGACUACUGGGAUGAAAUAACCCCUGAGACGAUCAGAUCUAAAGAAGAAGAGACCGUAUCGUUUAAAGCGGUCGCUGAUAAGGUCCACCGCAGUCUCCGUGUGUAUCUGAAGCUGUUCAUGGAGCGCGCCGAGCUGCUCUACCAGCACGUGCUGAUCUUAUACGGCAUCGCCGACGACCUCAGCAACUUCCACCACCGCACUAAAAUCGCCAACAUCACGGGAGGAACGACCACCGCGGUGGGAGGAGCCACAGCUAUCGCGGGGCUGGCGCUGAUUCCUGUCACCUUCGGGGUGUCCGUCAUCAUCUCGGCCAUCGGCCUCGGCGUGGCUACAGCGGGCGGCAUCACAGCCGCUUCGGCCUCCAUCUCAGACACCAUCAACAACAUGCACGACCGUAAGAAGAUUGAGCUCAUCAUCAUGGACUACGAGGCGCAGCUGGUGGAAAUGCAGCGCUGUUUGCUGUUCAUCAUUGAAGGUCUCUGUCGACUGCGCUCUCAUCCACUUCUGCGACGAAACAACUACUACACCGGAGACUGGGAGGUACGCCGCGCACUCCAGACCAUUAGCUUAGUUGAUGGCCCAGUAGAUCAGGCUGAAGAAAUAAUUCGCAACACACUGGCCAAGUUAGCCAGUCUGCAGAAAGGAAUAGACAAGUACUUCACUAAAGACUUGAAGGAGGUGAAGAAGGGCUGUAAGAAGGAGGUGACGGCUGAGGUGCGGGGUCUGGCCAAACAUCUCCACGAAGGUUUAGCGGAGCUCAACUCCAUCAGAGAACAGCUGCUCGACGCCAGCGGAAACAUCUAGUAGAUGUCAAAGUUUUGGUUCAGCUGUCUGCACUCCCAUUGGCUGUCGCGGCAGUGCUUUCCUGCUCAUUUGCAUAAAGUGGAAUGGCGAUUCUCAGCAGGUUUCUACUCUUGAGAUCAAAUGAAGUCCAGCUGCUUUGUUGAUUCAAAUCACUGUCAGUGUGAACGCAUCUUACAACUUCACCAUAACUGGAUUGAGUUCUCAUGUAAUGAGAUCUCUGAUGAUCUAUAAGAUUCUUCAGAUAAUGUUUUCCCAUUUGAACCUCAAUUCCUGUUGUGUUUUACUGUGUGGUUCCCAUCACGAUGGCUGUACAACCUGAGAACAGUAUAGUCUUCAAAAUUAUUUUAAUCUGCCUUUUUUUUUUUUGUAACAUUGUCCGCUGCCAUUUGUAAUUUGAACGUGUUUGGGUUCAUUCACGUCCAGUUAUUUUAAUAGUUUAAUAACUUGUGAUAUUGCUUGAUGUUGCAGACUGGUAUUUCUUAUUAUAUUUUAUUAUUUUGUAUAGUCGUAUUCAUAAAGAAGAGUGGUAGAGCAUUGCAUCAGCAGUGCAAAAGGUCAUGGGUUCAAUUCUCAGGGAAUGCACAUACUGAUAAAAAAAAAAAAAAUGUAUAGCCUGAAUGAACUGUAAGUAGCAUUGGAUAAAAGCAUCUGCUAAAUGCAUAAAUGUAGGCUAUGUGUAAUAAACAAGCUGGUUUGUAGCUCACAUACUUCUAUCCUACUCUACACAUUGUUAUUCACAAUUCUAUUCUGCAUAUGCUGAGAGUGAAGCCACAGACUAAUUACUUUUAUGUCCUAGGAGAUUUUACGCUUUGGAAGAAAUGUUUUUUUUUUUAUGUAUGCUCUUAUUUUGCACAUUAACAACCCUAAAGCUGUUACACACUCACACAGUCUUUCAUGUCUUGACAUUAUGUUGUGCAAUACAGCAAUGAAUUGAUGAUUAUGUUCAUGGAGAUAUUUUAAUAAAACAAUAAGAAAAAAAAAAAAAAAAAAAUGCGGUGUGGGUGAAUGAAAAACAUUGCUGAUCAAGUGUACAUUUAACCCUAUAAACCAUGAAAACUUCCCCCCAAAAAACUUUUCAGACGUGUAUAAAGAACUUAAUGAACCGUUAUGUUUCUAUUACUUUAGAUUGAGCUAUUUUUAUCUACAUACACAGUGGGUCCCUUUAAAUGGAAGUCACCACCAUGUUUCUACGGUAGCCAUGAAGGGACAAACUGCUCUACACAGCGCGUUUCGUGACUUGCGUGUUGUUAUUGUGAAUAAAACACUGACACAAUGAUGAACAAGUACUUUAACAUUCACAAUUCCAUCGAUGGAUUGCAUAUUUAAUUAAAUAUAAUUCUUUGAUUUAACUUGUGUAAAGGAAUCUAAUUGCUCUCUGUCUUGACCAAUGAC